UUUCUUCGGGAACAAACACUCCCUAAAACCCCAAAUACUGACCAGUCCACUAAGCCCCCAAACAAGCAUUGCGGAGCAGAGAAUCCAUAAACGUAUAGCGAAGAAGACGACGACGACGACGAAGAAGCCAAUGGUGAACAAAGCAUGGAAGAUCAUUCCAAGGCCUUUACUCGAAACAAUCCUCAACAACCAUGCCCAACACCACCGUGUCCCUCAGCCCCUCAUUCUCCAUGGCCCCCGUGGCGUCGGCAAAACCACUCUUAUCCUUGACCGUAUUCUUGGUGAAUGGAACAAAGGUCCUCACUUAACAGGCUAUGUCGACUUCGCUCAAUCUAUUAAAGACCACCAUCCUAAUUUUGACGGUUCAUUUCCUUGGUAUUCUUGGUCUUCUUGUGAGUUACCGUCUUUAUCUAGCUGCCAAACCCAACUUGAGAAUUGCCUUGAAUCUAUGGCUCAUAAAGGCAUCAAGCUUGGAACUAUAAGUUCACCUCAAAUCUUUACUACUCUUAAUAAAUGGCAUGGUAUUAAUACUGCCCUUCGUCGGAUACUGAAUCAAAACGCUUCUAAAAUUGCUAUUUCUAAUAAGGUUUCGAGCUCGGGUUUGUGGGAUCGAGCGGUUUUUGCUUUAUCUGCUCGAUUUAAUGCCUCUGAGAUUGAUGGGGUUUUGGAUUUUGAAGAGAAGGGGAAGUCUUUGUCUAUUGAUGAAGCUUCUUAUUUUAAGGAAGCUAUUGUGGCGUUGAGAUUGGCAAAGGAGGUGAUCAAGAUGCAGCAAAAGUGGAGAGCUAAUGCCAUUGCUGAUUUGAAUAGGAGUGGACGGUUUUCAAGGUCGCUAGCAAAUUCAUGUACUGAUUGGCCUUGUUUGUUGCUUGAGUUGCUGUCUCAAGCUGCUGAGAUUGGCCAUUUUCAGCCAAAGUUGGUCAUAAAUAAUGUCGAAAUUCUUUGUAAUGCAAUGUUGACGGAUGACUCGAUGGUGUGUGGAUCAAUGUAUCAUGACAGUUUGAUUUGGAGAAUAAUUGCUUUAGGAGCAAACGAGCGAUGCCUGCCUGUUAUACUUGUGACAUCAGAUAGCUACUAUUCAUAUCAAGCUUUCAUGGAUUUUGGGUUUCCAGAUAUAUUCGUCUCUCGUGAGACCUUUGGUUGGACUCCUCAAGAAGCUAAAAUGCACAUGGUUACUGAUUACUUCACCCAUGCAGAGUGGAUGGUUAUUGAUGAUGUGCUUGGGCCUAAUCCUCGACAUCUAUUUGAGGUUUAUGUGCUUAAACAAAGCAAUUAUUACCAGAAGUUGAUGGACGAUGAGGCAAGUACUUUUGAGGACAUCGUGGAUGCGUAUUUAGCAUACUUACAGGUUACUGUGGUGAAUCCUUCAAUGGAAAAAGCAUUGAGCAUCCUGCAGAAAUUCGCAAUUGAUGCACGAAGUGGAAAGAUUUUAGAGCAUAGAUUGCAUUUUGGUGCUCCUUGGAGACAUCCUCCGUCUUCCAAGGACCCUACUAAAUGUAAGGAAUGGGCAAAGAUUCAACUAAUGGAUUUUGUUCAAUCUCUAGUAAAUGCAGAAUUUGGUGUUAAUUAUCUAGCUGACUGCAGCCUAGAGAUCUUGGAUGAUCCAGCUGCUGUUGCAUUAGUGGAGGUUGGCUUACUCUAUGCCCAAAGGGAUCCUUCUUUCUUUCGUCCCAUCUCUAAAGGUAUUCAGAGGUGUCUUGCAAGAUGGCUUGUCCAGGAGCGCAUGCAGUUGAGUUACCAAAACUUGCUUCAGUAUCUUUGGCAGCGGAUUAUGCGUGGUCGUAGCUAUCGUCAUUUGAUGCUGCAAGUUGGCUAUGAUAAAUACUAGAAAAUUAGAGAGGAUGAAGCAUAUAUCAAACCAAGAUUCUCUUGGCGUGGAUGUAGUUCAAAGGUUCACAUGAAAUGAUUUUCUGUAUGUUCCUACCCUAACAGUUCCUUUUGUCAGUGGUUACUACGUGGGGACCUUUGGUAAAUAUGAAAAGCUUAACAGAAUUUCAAGUAUAUUGUUAUGGUCCAACAUACAUGUCUUUUUCUUUGGGAUUGAGAACUAACUCAACUAAUUUGUAUACACAUUUGCUAGGGGAGACGACUUUUGAUACGCAACAAGCAUUGGUUUCCUCUGCGGAUUAUGCGAUUGUCGUGUCUUGUUGUUCUCGAGCUCGUCCCUUCUUGAAAAUGGCUGCUUGGGAUACUCUCAAUCCUUGUAUUGUGCUGAGAUAUAUCUGUUUAAUCCUGAACCAUUUUUGGGAAAAUUUGUGCCACAUUCUUGUUUGAUGUUCAUUUAUUUGUGUUUGUAUACUAUAGACAGUCCAAGUAGAACAUUCAUUGUAGGUUUCUCAUGUUACACGGUGAUAGCCAGAAAAAAAAAGAAGUUUUCUGGUGAUGUCGGUAACAGUCUGUAAUUGUAGAGUGAAGUUGAUUGUAGUUGAUCUCUUUCAAAGCCUUUUCUUUUAGGGAAAAACUUGUGGAGUGCUGAAA